CUUCUUUUUCCCCACCAUCCACACCACAUUAUUCAUCAUCACACCCACAUUAAAUUACAUUAAAACACAGUUCCAAACUCACAGGAUUGCAUAAUCUCACACCCCUCCUCCACUCUCUACCAAUCAAGAAUAAAGAAUCCAUGUGUUGAUGCUAUUAAUGGUUCAUUCAAAGUUAGGAUAGUGAAGGGAUUUGGUUUCCCAAACAGCCCAAUGAUUCUAAUCUAUCCACACCCUAUUGAACCUCUUCUACUUGCUUUGUUUCAUGUUGGGUGCGAAGAGGAAUCUUAAGUAGAUUCUUAGAGGUUUUGUUCUUCUGGGGUGUUUUUGUUUUUGUGGGCAAGAAGUGAAAAUGGGGAAUGCUAAUGGAAGGGAAGACGGUGGCAGUGGCAGCCCAUCUGGGGUCGAGGAGGGCGGCGGUGGGCAAGUUAGCAUGGCUGAUCGAGAUGGUGGGGCAGGUAAUUAUGCUGCUGAUGGUGGUGAGUAUAUGGGGCAGUCCCCCCUUCCAAGUCCUAGGGCUUCUCAAUCUCCUUUGAUGUUCAGACCUCAGAUGCCCAUGGUUCCUUUAAAAAGACCUGGUGAACUGCACAUCCCUAAUCCUUCAUGGAUGCAGACUACCUCAAGUUAUGAAGACAGAUACAAUGAGCAAGGUAUUCCAACUAUGAUAACGUGGAGCUAUGGCGGCAAAGAAGUUCUGGUUGAGGGGUCAUGGGAUGAUUGGAAAACAAGGAAGCCCUUGCAAAGAUCGGGAAAAGACUACACAAUCAUGAAAGUACUCCCUUCAGGAGUUUAUCAAUAUAGGUUUAUUGUUGAUGGACAAUGGAGGUACUCCCCUGAUCAGCCCUUGGAACAUGAUGAAUCAGGAAACAGUUAUAACAUAUUAGACUUGCAGGACUACGUCCCAGAAGAUAUUGACAGCAUUUCUGGUUUCGAACCACCUCAGUCCCCCGAUUCCAGCUACAACAACUUGCAACUCAGUCAAGAGGAUUUUGCAAAGGAACCACCACUUGUUCCUCCACAUCUAAAUUUGACUUUGCUUAACGCCCCAUCGUCCCACAUGGAGAUCCCGCCUCCUCACUCAAGGCCUCAGCAUGUGGUGCUGAACCAUCUCUACAUGCACAAAGACAGGAGCGGGCAGUCAGCUGUGGCACUUGGCUCCACCAACCGGUUCCUUUCCAAAUACGUGACGGUGGUGCUUUACAAGUCCAUACAGAGGUAAAACAACUGCAAAUGGACAUUCAUGUAAUUGAUGUAAUCCUCAACACGACACGGUAGGCAAAUCAUUUGUGUUUAAUCUGGAAAAGCCACAGAUGAUCAUUUUGAAAACUGUUUGGACAUGCAAGCGCUUGAGCUAUUUCUUCCGCAGUUGCUGCCUUCUUUUAUUA